GCAACUCCUCCCUCUUCAGAUUUACCGCUGCAGUCCAAGUUUGUUAGCUUGCAAGAGCUCCUGGUUGAUUCGGAAUGGGAACGAACGCGUAAGGUACAGCCGGCUGUGUCAGCACCCGGUGUCUCUUUUGACGAUAAUCAGCAUAUGUCGAUUAGGCCUACCAUGUCAGAUUAGUCCGUACAUCUGCCAUGCUGACAUCCUCUUGAUUUGACUAACUACACCGCUACCUCGAUCGACUCUUUAUUUUAACUUUUGAAGUACGGAGAACAAGAAUACGUGAGUGUUUGGAGCUAGCGUUGGCUAAUUCUUGAUAGCGCAAGUAGGCUUCCAUCGUCGCUUCUGUUUGUUGAAGUUAUCCCGGUUUUAGUUUUACCUCGUUUUGAUUAAUGUCGGAAACGUGGACGCGACAAGGAGGUCUUGAUAUCACUACAUGAUAACUGCUCCGACUCAAGGAGUUAGUGAGAACAGUUGCAUUCCCAUGGAGUAGCAUAAAGAGAGCCUCGACUCAAAGGAUAUCCUGCGCCCCGUCCAGAAACCCUCCCGCUCCGGCUGCCUCGUACAACCAUGACCCUGGGGACUGUAGCCUCCACUCGGAGCUCGGCACCAGGCUGCUUCUGCUCCUGUUGUGGGGCAAAAAUGGUGCCAUACUUCUCGGAGAACGCCGUUGUAUCUCAGAACCAGAUUAACCAACUCAUCAGUGAAAACUUCCUGACUGUAAAAGGUGCUGCCCUCUUCCUGCCACGCGGAAAUGGGUCCUCACCAUCACCAGUGCCCCGCAUCGCACAGCGGCGGAACAAACACACAGGUGACCUCCAACAGCAUCUACAGACAAUGUUCACCCUGUUACGGCCAGAAGAUACUAUCCGGCUGGCGGUGCGUCUGGAGAGUGCCUAUCUCCAGUGCACACGCUAUAUGGUGGUGGUGUCCACCAACGGUCGGCAGGACACCGAGGAGAGUGUCGUGCUGGGCAUGGACUUCAGCUCCUCAGACCGUGUAUGCACUGUUGGGCUGGUGCUGCCUCUAUGGAGUGACACUCUGAUACACUUGGAUGGUGAUGGUGGGUUUAGUGUGUCCACCGUCAACAGGGUCCAUGUCUUCAAGCCAGUCUCUGUCCAGGCCAUGUGGGCGGCGUUGCAGUCCUUACACAAGGCGUGCGAGGUGGCACGCUGUCACAACUACUACCCGGGCAGCCUCUUCCUGACCUGGGUCAGCUACUACCACAGCCGCGUGGCCUCGGACCAGGUCUGCAUCAACGAGUGGAACGCCAUGCAGGACGUGCAGUCGCACCGCGCCGACUCCCCCGUGCUCUUCACCGACGUGCCCACGGAGCGGGAACGCACAGAGCGCCUGAUCAAAAUGCGCCUCCGAGAGAUCAUGAUGCAGAUGGACCUGGAGAAUGUCACUUCCAAACAGAUCCGCACAGAGCUGGAGAUGCAGAUGACGUGUAACCUCCGUGAGUUCAAAGAGUUUAUCGACAACGAGAUGAUCGUCAUCCUGGGCCAGAUGGACAGCCCCACUGAGAUCUUUGACCAUGUAUUCCUGGGUUCUGAGUGGAACGCGUCUAAUCUGGAGGAACUGCAGAACAGUGGGGUCCGCUACAUCCUGAACGUGACAAGGGAGAUUGAUAACUUCUUUCCUGGCCUGUUUGAGUACCACAACAUCCGUGUGUACGACGAGGAGGCUACCAACCUCUUAGAAUACUGGAACGAUACCUUCAAGUUCAUCUCGAAGGCCAAGAAAGCCGGAGCCAAGUGCCUAGUCCACUGCAAGAUGGGCGUGAGCCGCUCGGCCUCCACGGUCAUCGCCUACGCCAUGAAGGAGUACGGCUGGGACCUGGAGCACGCUUUCGACUACGUGAAAGAGCGGCGCGCUGUCACCAAGCCCAACCCCUCCUUCAUGAAGCAGCUAGAGGAGUACCAGGGCAUCCUCUUGGCCAGCAAGCAACGGCACAACAAGCUGUGGCGUUCCCACUCGGACGGCGACCUGUCCGAACCACUGGUCAAAUCCCAGCACCACGCACUGGAUCACUCGGACCCCCUCAACAACAACGGCCCGGCCUCCCUGCAGCACUUCCUGGGCAUGGCCGUGCUACAGGCCCUGGGCGCCGAGCCGCAGCCCCAGCAGGAGCAACUCGCAGACAGGGACGGUGUCCGCACACGCAGCCCCUCGCCGCCCACAUCCAACGGCCUGUGCGACUCCGAGGAGCACCUGGCCACCUCCUCCUCCGUCUCCUCGUCCACCUCCCACCCAGUGUCCUCCUCCUCCGAGGACCCCUUUCUGCCGCCUCUCCCCCGGCCGCGGGCGGCCACUCUGGUGCCCAAGGCGCGGCUGGACGUGGCUGCGUUCAUCGUGGCCGAGGCGGUCCCGGCGGCGCGCCCCCACCCCCCUCCCUCGCUCCACCUCCUGCCCCAGUCAUCCUCCCCCGAGCCCCGGCCCGACAGCGCCGGCUCCGGCACCAUCCACCACCACCUCCCGACGUCGGCCGGCGCCACCAGCCCUGACCCAACAGAGCUGCCUCUGGACGAGGCCGACGAGGCCGACGGGAGCGUGAGUGUAAGCGUCAGCGAGGGCGCUGCCCAGUUAUCUUAUCAGGAAGAGCAGCAGCAGCAGCAGCUGGCCCAGGAGCCCAGCAUCACUGACAGCCUGCAGCUGUCUCUGGACACUCUUAGCGAGGGCGUUGGGGGGCCUGGACUGGCCUCCUCUGCCGCCGACACGCCCAUGGCACUCACCCCCCUCAGCCCCUCGGGCUCGGCCCUCUCGCUCUCGCUGGACCCUCACCAUGGCGACGAGGAUGAUGAUAACAACAACAACAAUAACAUCAGCAGCCACCUGCAACCUAGCGACAACACUGAGGAGGUUCUGUGUGGCAGCCUGCCCGAGAUGACCACCCACAGCGGGUCAUCCAGCCUCAGCACGGACAGCAUCGACUUCUUCAGUGCCCGGGAGAAGUUCCUGGGGCUGUCGCAGGACGGCAUCCCGACCCGGCCUGAGCCCUCCAGCUCCCCAAGGGCCGGUCAGUGCCGCUGGCCCAGCCAGGAACUGCCGCAACAGCCACAGGACGAGCAAGAGCAGGAGCACAACCCAGCUCCAUCAGACAACAGCCAGAGAAAGGGUUCUCCUCCGCCCGAAGAUGGCUGUAGCCCUGUCGGUGACCUCCACCCGGAUAACGGCGUGUCGGUCCGGCACAUGGUCACGGAGCUGGAGUCCAUCUCCCACAUCCACCUCCCCCACCAGCAGCAACCAGCACCACGCAACCCCCAGCAGCCACCCCUACACAGCCCUGACAGUGCCCCCGAGCUGCCCUCCACGCCCUCUCCACCUCCCCCUUCUCUCCAGCCUCCCUCCCCCACCACCCCCACGCGCAACUGGGCCACCGGAUCGGUGCGCCGCGUCCGCAAGCAGCUGGAGCAGAGGCUCCGUCAGCAGGAACUGGACUGUCCCGUGCCGGCCUGUGCUCCAGCACCCGUCCCUUCCUCUCCUCCUCCGACGUCCUGCUCCCCACAGCCCGCACCGUCGUCGUCGUCCUCCUCCUCCUCCUCCUCCUCCCUCGGGCCCGAGCACCGCACCGCCUCACCCCAGCCAGGCGCUGCCGCCCUGGACGAGGCCUGCACCGAGCCAGAGGAGGCCCACUGCAGCGACGCUGCGCCUGUGGAAGAGCAGGAUGAGAGACUCCCACUUGAUUUGGAGUCUGGUGCUCUCCCUGAGCCUCCCUUAAUGCCAUCCCCACCCCCACCACCACCACUAUCUUCCUUCCCUGCAUGCCCAGAGAGUGGCACCCACACCCACCUCCCCACACCCCCAGCCCCAGAGUCGUGCGUCCAGCACGGCCUGCUGUGGCUGGAGGGUGUGACGGAGAUGGAGACGGACACCGAUGGGCCGAGCUCGGUCCCAGCCCAGGCACCACGGCCGUACAGCCGUCUGGCGCGCAGCAGCGAGGACCUGGAGAAGAUCCAGCAGACGCUGCAGGAGCUGCAGGCGUUCCUGUACGAGGCCGGAGGGGCGCGGGGCCCCGAGGCGGAGCCCGGCCAGGGCUCCUCGGAGCAGGAAGAGGAGAGGCCGACGCAGCAGCAGGGAGAGGAGCUUGGCUCGGCGCCGACCAAGACGGACAGUCGCUCCUCGGAGGCCCGCGGGCCGGCCGUGUGGCAGCGCGCCAUGGAGAUCGAGGCGCGCAUCCGGCAGGCGGGCCUCACGCCGCCCUCGCUCAUGAAGCGCUCGGCCUCUCUGGCCAAGCUGGACUGCCUGGAGCUGUCCACCCAUGACCUCAGCAGCUGGGACUUCCACGCUGGCGCCUGCCCCGCCCCCUCCUCGGACUCUCAUCUGCAGCAGCAGCAGCAGCAGCAGCUGUCCCCCCAGGUGCCCUCGCUGUCCCUCUCCCCGUCGCCGGUCCACCCCGUGCACGACGACGCCUACAAGAAGCAGCGCGUGCUGCACCAAAGCCCCACCAGUAACCCCCGGCCUGGACUCUGCGUCCAGGAGGAUGUGGGCAGGACUGCCGUGAGCCCCUCUGGCCCUCCCUCCCCGCACCCCUGCUCACAGCACAGGUCCAAGGGCCGCCCCUCGGCUCCGGACCACGCCCACUCCCACCCGCAGCCCUCCCUGCACGGGAAGCCACACCCACUGCGGCGCCUGCGUAAGGCGGCGGAUAAAAAGCGGACAGUGACUGUGCUUUACAACACCAUGUGACCCUCACCUGAGGCCCCAGAGACUGCACUAGGGGCCUAGCUGUGUGUAGAGAUGUUUGUGUGUGUGUACAUGGGUUAUACAUGGGUUGUAUAUAUGCAAGUGUGUGUGCGUGGAUGGAUGGAUGUGUGUGUGAAAGUGUGGUGUCGGACUGUUUCAAAUUCAAUCUCUGGAUCAGUGUGGACUGUAGCUGUUUUUUUAUCUGAUUUUUUAUCUGGUUUUAUCAAUUUGUUAUUGUGUGUGUGUGUGUGUGUGUUGAACAGAAGGUGGUGUCCCAGUGAAAUGAAAAUGAGGCUGUUUUUAUCAUGCACUUUAUUCUUUCCUUUAGGUUUUUUUUUUUUUUUUUUUUUUUUUUUUUCAUUUUUGUUGUAUAGGUUAUGAAUAAAGUUUUAGUUAUUGCCUAA